AUGCCCGCCAUGGUCAGGCACAGCAGCAGCUACGAGCAUUGGAUCCGUGGAGUUUUCCUCAUUACAGAGGUUGAAGCCGACGAGGGGAAACUGACAAUUCCGAUCGAGUCGGAUACUACGCUGCAACGAGUGCGCACCAGGAUGGACAAAGACCUGAGCCUCACGCUGCAAGGUCGGCGAUGGCGUGUGACAGCCAAAGAGGCUCUCGAAGGUGUCGACAAGGAUGCCCUGCAGGUUGCUUUCGAG